ACUGUUCUUCCGAUAUUGAUGAUGAUCGAUUCUAAUCUGGCCACCAUUCAAGCAUCUGAAAUAUAAUUUAAAAAACCCCUCUUUUAUACUCUUACGGGGUAUAUUCACCAUCUUUUCCUACGGUUUCUGAUGGGGAGAAAACACUUCCAUCUGAUUAGUUCUCUACCUUGAUCUUGGCUAAGGGUCUCGAUAGGAACACUGUUUAUCCAAUACCCUUUUGUAGUUUUGUUCGAGUAUUCAUAUUUUUUGGGUCAGUCGUUUAGGGAUUUAAGAUGCCAGAGCUUUUAGCUUACUGCAUUUGAACGGGAAACAGAGAACGUGGUUUCUGGAUCUGUCCUCAGAAAUUGAAUUCGGGUUCAAGUGUCGUCUUGAAAGAUGCAAACAAGAAUUGGGUCAUUAGAGGAAGGCAAGGAUCAGGGGGGUUCAACAAGGACAAACCAAUAUAAGACUCUGCCAUGGAGGGCACUUCAGUUGUUUGGGUUCUUUAUUGCUCUCUGUAUUACUUUUUCGAUCAUCACUAUUUAUACGAUCCGGCGUUCCGGGAUUUAUAGCGCGGUAACUACAGUGAAGUCUAAUUUUGUGCCGUGUGAUGAACAAUCAAAUAGUUUAGAAAAUUGGAGGAAACCCCCAACCAAUUUGCUUCAUUCAAUGAGUGAUAACGAGUUAUUAUGGAGGGCGUCUUUCGUGCCGCGAAUAAAGAAGUACCCAUUUAAUAGACUUCCGAAGAUUGCUUUUAUGUUCUUGACCAAGGGGCCCUUGCCACUUGCUCCUCUUUGGGAGAGGUUUUUCAAGGGCCACGAAGGCCUUUAUUCCAUCUAUAUUCAUUCACUGCCCUCCUUCAAGGCCGAGUUCCCUCGUUCUUCAGUAUUCUACCGGAGACAAAUCCCGAGUCAAGCUGCUGAAUGGGGAAGGAUGAGCAUGUGUGAUGCUGAGAGAAGGCUCCUUGCUAAUGCCUUGCUCGACAUGUCCAAUGAAUGGUUUAUCCUUCUCUCCGAAUCUUGCAUACCGGUAUACAAUUUCAGUGUCGUCUACCAGUACAUAAUGAAAUCCAAAUAUAGCUACAUGGGUGCAUUUGAUGACCCUGGGCCUUUUGGUAGAGGACGUUACAAUCAUAAUAUGGCUCCUGAGGUGAAUAUCAGCAAGUGGCGUAAGGGGUCCCAGUGGUUUGAAGUUAACCGAAAGCUUGCAAUCAACAUGGUGGAAGAUGUUACAUUUUAUCCGAAGUUUGAACAGUUCUGCCGACCAGCAUGUUACGUCGAUGAGCAUUACUUCCCCACCAUGUUAACAAUCCAGUCACCAAAUCACUUGGCAAAUAGAAGCAUCACAUGGGUUGAUUGGUCAAGGGGUGGACCUCAUCCUGCUACAUUUGGUAGAUCAGACAUUACAGAAGAGUUUUUCAAGAGAAUCCACGAAGGUCACGAAUGUAGGUACAACGAUCAACCAAGCUCGACUUGUUUCCUUUUCGCCAGAAAAUUUGCACCGAGUGCUAUGGAGCCUUUAUUACGGAUAGCACCAAAGGCUUUGGGGUUCUGAUUGUGAAGUAAACAUAGAUCCUGCCACUGCCGGAUUUUGACCUUGAAGCUAAAUUAGAGUUUGCAGAUUGGAGAUUGGAUUCAUGGGAUUUUGGGGGUAGCAUAUCAGGUCCUUUCCUUGAUUUUAUUAGUCAUUGCAUACAAAGCUGAAAUUUAACCCUCUUCAGUCAUGCAUGAUGUGUGUGUGUGUGUGUGACUUGUACACUCUCCUAAUUUUUUUGGAACUCCCAAAACUGAUCUGUUUGUACAGACAAGUUCAGAAAAAUAAAUCAA